AUGGCUGCAGAAGAGGACCUUAUGUCGUUGCUUACUGGUCGACUUGAAGCUGCCAAAUCUCUCGAACAACAACUCCACGAUCACAAGUAUUCAUCGAUACAAGGAGUCAGUAAGCUACGAAAUCGACUAGCAAGCGAGUUGAAGUUUUUGGAUGGGAUAGCUAAAGGAAAGACUCCAUUGGAAAAGAAGUAUAUUGAGACGAGUAAUGUGACCCAUUUCGAGAAUAUCGUAUCUGGGUUGACACGAUUUCAAGAUGUAAAAGCUGUUUUCCACACGUUUUCUAUACUUGACCCUGAUACAGACCUAGUGUUGAAGCAUACGGUUGACAUCGUUGCGAAGAAAGGCGAGCAGUGGAUCAAGAUAAUUUCAAGAUCUGCAAAAGGUAUAUGCAUGGAUUGGGUUACGGGUAGUUCAAGAAAUAUCUUCGAGCAAGCUGAUACAUAUUUGAAUAUGGCAAGUCUUUUCCAACGAAAUUAUUCACCACCUGAAGUGGUAUUCGAGUUUGUAGCCGGAGUGCCAGAUGCAAUGGCGACAAAGCUUCGAUCACUCGGUAUCACAGUCAUAGGAGAAGAGAUCCCAAUUGACUCUAUCACUAAAGUACCUGAGGAUUUUAUGGAAAUGCUCAUGGAGGAUGUAGAGGAGAAUGAUAGAAUCAUAUCGAAUAAUAUAGAGAAACCAAAGGAGCCGCCCAUAAACCUUGAUGUUUCCGCUGUUUUUGUUUUGAUCUCAAAUAUGACGCACGAGAAUGGCACAAAUCACUUAUUUGAUAGCGUUCUGCUCACACAACAAGCAGAAAUGGAAAGAAAAAACCCGGCUAGGAAGCAAUUAUUGAGCCAAAUCGAAGGACGAGAGUGGAUUAUCUGCCGUACAGCAUAUGACUCUGUUCGCGAAAUCCUGAAGACUGUCGGAGGCGACUGUGAGAGGAAGCGCAUGGAGGAGUUGUUCAAAAAAGUACGAUUAGUGGAAGAUGCCAUGUCCGAGAAGACAGCAGCGCUGAAGCAUUCAGACCGAAUUACGGAAAGGAGUAUGAUUAUUUUUGGAUCUGGAGAGCAUCAUCGAGCUGUCACAGCUACUGCGAAUAAACAUUUCGUAUCUUCCGCUUAUCAUCAGGGAGUAUCAUUUGAUGUCAUAUUGCACGAAUCACGAGCACUAAGUGAGCAGAAAGAACUGCCGCUUCCAGCUUCAGAAUGAUUUCUACAAUCAUGUAAAGAUCCUUCGACCUUUUUUUCAUUCUUACCACGAGAUUCGGUGUGAUUUCGGUUUUUAUGCUUUCCAAGUCGAAUCCUUUCAUAGUUGUUUGAAACAACUGUGCAAUGCCUUUGUUUGUUCAAAAUUACUCGCCAAAUUGACGAUUUGUACGGUUCUAUAAAUAUUUUCAUAGAUUUUGUGUUAUGUGUACUCGUUGUUUUAUGUUCCGCUAUUUUUAUAAUAAAAAUCGGU